AUGGUAAAACGGUUGUUUGUCAGCGGAUUGGGAGCGUUUAUCACAGAAGAUUCGUUGAGAAAAUAUUUUGAGACAUUUGGUGAAUUGUAUGAAUGUGUUAUACCAUCACCGCCCAGAUAUAAUGUGAGUUAAUUUCAAAGGUAAUUUUAAUUUUUUCAAAAAUUGUUGUUUAGGCGCUGGAUUUCGGGCCCGAUAAUGAGAAAAUCGAGGAGAGAAGUGAUAUACGAUAUGAGCCAGUUUUAGAUAGCAAUGAAGUUUUGGAUGAGGAAUUAGAUGUGGUAAAAUAUGAUGAAAAAAAGUUCAAAAGUUUUGAAGAAUAUAUCAAAAAAAUAGGAGAUGGUGAAGGAUUCAUAAAGAAAAAACGAAAAACAUGUGCAGGUUACGCAUUUAUCACAUUUGUAUUUAUGGAAGGAUUUCAAAAAUGUAUGGAAAAAGAAGAUCAUAUGAUAGAAGGACUUGAUAUCACUGUACAACUAGCAAAAAAUGAUGAAUUUGGGGUUGGAGAAAAUAAAUUGGAGUCGAAAAGACUGUUUGUUUCGUAUUUUCCAUUGGAUAAAUUGACGGCGAAAGAAUUGAAAACUACUUUUGGUGGAUUUGGGAAGAUUACUGAUGUGGAAUUUGUCAGCGAUUCUGAAGGACCACUGCAUUUUUGUAUUUUGACAUUUACGGAGACCGAAGCGGUAGAUCAGAUUAUUAAGAAAAGUCAUUUUGUUAGGGUGAGUAGGUUUUUUCAAAAUUUCUAAAAAAAAUUUCCUUGUGAUAUUUAGAAUCCCAAAAUUCUUACCUUAUAAGCAAUUCACAAUUUCUGGCUUUUCAAAAAUCAAAAAAUGAGUUUGAAAAACGUGGAAAAAAUCUUCUGAAAUUCCACGUCACAAGUUCACGUUCCACCUAUUUUACGUCACAAGUAUAUUCGUUUUCAAUUUAUUUUUCUCGCAGAAUACGCGUCUCUUCGUCCGCCGCGCAAUUCUCCGGGAAUCCAUCAAAAUUGCCGAACAAAGACUACGCGAAGAGGAAACACGUGCGGAUAUUGAAAGACAACACGGCUACGCUGGCUUUAUCCCACCAACUGCCGAACAAAUCCGCCAAAGUGCUGAUCAGUUUGCGGCGAAUUCGAGGAGAUUUAGUCAGGAUUUGCAGCCUGCCGGAGGAGCAUAUCGACCACUUGUUGGUGAGCAAUUUUUUGAGUUAUUUGGGAGAGGGUGGGGAAAAUUUUGAAUUUUGAUUUUUGAAUCUGGCAUCAGGUUCUCUAGACCCAGGCCCUUGAUAACUAGGUUUUCUAGGCUCAGCUACUUGACAUGUAGCUCUAAAGGCUCUUCCCUUAGUCAGAGUGUUUCUCUAGGCGUGUGUCCUAUACAAUCAGGUUUUCUCACUUCACAACUAGCCUUUCUAGGUUCAGCUAAGGUACAUUGAUUUUUAAAAUUAAAGUACAUUGAUUUUUAAAAUUUCAAAAAGUGUACAAUUUUGACCGCGAUCUAGAAAACCUAGAAAAUGCCCCGAUUCCUAUUCUAAAUCCCUCAAUCCGAAUUUUUUUCAAUUUUCAGAAUCUCAAAAUAGUUCGAAAUUGUUGGAAGGAUACGGUUAUGGCGACAGGAAUUGGUGA